UUUCUUGGCGGGUUUCUCGUACGAGAGAGAAAAAGAGAAAUGAACCAGAAUGAUUUAUCUUCGACUUCAAUUAGCAGCAGGUGUUGUUGUAUUCCACAUGAAUUCCAAAAAUCCGCAUCCAAAAACCCUAACAAAAUCGCCGUCAUUCACGCUUCCCCACGCCGUCACCGCGAUGACUCUCACUCCAAAACGACAACGUUUGAUAACCAAUCGCAUCCACCUCCGGUAUAUAAAGAUGAUGACGUAACCUUCACAUAUUCGGAUAUUCUAGAAGCCGUUGAUUCCCUUAGCCUUCGUCUCCAUUCCAUCCUUCACGGUGGCCGCGAGCCUUCUCUCGUUGUUUCGCCUUCUUCUUCAUCAGGCACUCUUCCUAUUGAUCAUUCCAUGGGUACCUCGCAAAUUGUGGGGAUAUACAUGGUACCUUCUGUAGAAUAUAUUGUAUCUGUUCUUUCUGUUAUGAGAUGUGGGGAGGCUUUCAUGCCAUUAGAUCCUUCGUGGCCAAAAGAAAGAAUAUUAUCCGUCAUAUCCUCUUCAACUGCCAGCCUUAUCCUUUGUGGUUCUACUUCGUUUGAUGGACAACACAUUCACCAGAUCCACGAGAAUCAUUGGCUCGCUGAUAGUGGUUGUCCCGUUUUAGUAGUUUCCAUGAAGUCCAAACCCAACAAGCACUUUGCUUCUCCUUCUUUGCUUUGGCCAUGUGAGAGUAAGAGGUUGAGACCAUUCUGUUACUUGAUGUAUACAUCUGGAUCAACUGGAAAACCUAAAGGUGUCUGUGGUACUGAACAAGGUCUUCUGAACCGCUUCUUAUGGAUGCAGGACAUGUAUCCGUUAAGUGGUGAGGAAAUUCUGAUGUUCAAAACAUCUGUAGGCUUUAUUGAUCAUCUCCAAGAAAUUCUCGGAGCUCUACUUACCAGUUGUACUUUGGUUAUUCCUUCUUUCAGUGUUUUGAAAAAGGAUAUACUUACCAUCACCGAGUAUUUAAAGGACUAUUCUAUUAAUAGGCUUGUUGCUGUACCAUCACUAAUGAGGAUGCUUCUUCCAACUCUUCAAAGUUCAGAUAUAACAAUGAUUCAGAAUUCUUUAAAAUUGUUAGUCCUGAGUGGGGAAACACUUCAUUUAUCUAUGUGGACUUCUCUUACAAAGUUAUUGCCUGAUACGACCAUCUUGAAUUUAUAUGGUAGUACAGAGGUUUCAGGUGAUUCUACAUAUUUUGACUGCAAAAGGCUACCGUCAAUUUUGGAGACUGCAUCACUCAGUACUGUUCCAAUAGGGAGACCUAUGCGCAACUGUGAGAUAGUGCUUGUUGGACAAGACGCACCUGGGUACGGAGAAAUAUAUGUCUCUGGACUUUGCAUGGCAACAGGGUACUUAAAUCAUGAUAUUAUCCCUCUCAAAGCUGUAAAGGAUCUUCCAGACUCUUCAUUUUGCUGUUCGGAUGAUGAAAAGGGAAGUCGUCUUUACUUCAAAACAGGUGACUUUGCGACAAAACUUCCAGGCAGUGACUUAGUUUUUGUAGGGAGACAUGAUCGUACUGUUAAAGUGAAUGGUAAUCGCAUUGCACUGGAGGAAAUUGAAAACACAAUAAGAACACAUGAAGAUGUGGAUGAUGCCGCUGUGAUAGGUAACAGUGUUGAAGGAGAAACUGCAUAUCUUGAAGCACAUGUAGUCACAAAGUUAGGGCAUGAUUCUAUUCAAAGUUUGAGGCAUUCUCUUCGAGGUUGGAUGGUUGACAAACUCCCAUUACCUAUGAUUCCUAGUCGGUUCUUCUUUGUUGAUGCAAUACCGACGUCGUCAUCUGGGAAGGUAGAUUACAAAUUAUUGGCUGGUUUGAAGUGUCCCAUGUCAGAUACUAUUGGCAGUGACACCAACAAGGUUUCUGAUGCGAGUCUCUUGCAAACAAUUAAAGAGGCCUUUUGUGACUCCUUGAUGGUUGAAAAGGUUGGUGACAAUGAUGAUUUUUUUGCAAUGGGUGGUGAUUCAGUUUCAGCUGCUCGCACUUCUCAUAAGUUAGGAAUCAAUAUGAAAUUGCUGUAUACUUUUCCUACUCCAUUAGAGCUGAUGAUAGCUCUCCUGGAUCCUAAAUUAAAUCUUCACAAUAGAGUAGAUAUAGGAACGUUGGGAGAUAUUCCAUCUCUUUCUAUUAUAUCUAACGAUAGCGGUUUGGAGGCAAAUACACAGCUGAGGAGGUUAUCUAGUGAAAUUGUUGAACCUGGUUCUGACUAUCAUCCUCGCAAAGUUUUCAAAUUGGAUAGUGAUCUGAAUGUUGAUGACAAAUCUUUUGCAAUUAGUCGUUGUAACCAAGUAAUAGCUGGAAAGAAUUCCGAGAUUAAGAAAUCAAUUCAAGCAACAUGGUUGGGUGCCAAAAAAGGUUUAAUAAGAGAACUGUGGAAAGUUCAUAUGGGGUCUUGUGUUGAUGCCUCACCACUCAUUGUAGUGAGAGAAAAUGAUAUUUUCGUGUACAUUGGAUCUCAUUCUCAUCGAUUCGUUUGCCUCGAAGCCUCAAGUGGUUUUGUCCAGUGGGAGGUACAACUAGAAGGAAGAGUUGAGUGCUCAGCGGCAAUAUUAGGAGACUUUUCUAAGGUUGUAGUUGGGUGUUACAGAGGAAAUAUAUAUUUUCUCAAUUCAUUGAACGGAAGCAUCGGCUGGACUUUCCAGACAGGUGGUGAAGUAAAGUCACAGCCAUUGGUAGACAAGCAGAGGCACCUAGUCUGGUGUGGAUCUUAUGACCAUAACCUCUAUGCCCUUGAUUAUCAAAGUUACUGCUGUGUUUAUAAGCUAAAUUGUGGUGGGAGUAUAUAUGGUUCACCUGCAAUCAAUGAAGCUGAUGAAAGGCUUUAUUUUGCAUGCACUAAUGGCUGUAUGACUUCACUAUCUCUGAAGGCUGAUCCAUUCAAUGUGUUAUGGUUACAAGACUUGGGGGCACCCAUAUUUGGUUCCCUCUCCAUUGAUCAUAAUAAUGGAAACGUAAUUUGCUGCUUGGUAAAUGGACAUAUUGUUGCUGUUGAUGCAAAUGGAUCCAUCCUUUGGCGGGGAAUAACCGGAGGACCAAUAUUUGCUGGUCCAAGUGUAUCUCAUGUCCUAAAUAACCAGGUGGUUAUAUGUUCUAGAGAUGGAGGAGUUUAUUCGUUUGGUUUGGAGAACGGACAUCUACUAUGGAAACACAAUUUAGAUGAUCCAAUUAGUUCAUCUGCUUAUAUAGAUGAAAACUUGCAGUUGAUAUCUGAUAAUUCAACUGUUUCAGAUAGAUUAAUAUGUGUUUGCUCCAGUUCUGGAAACAUAAUCUUACUCAAAGUCAGCUUAGAUAAUCUUAAUUAUGUGGUGCAAGAAUCUGGUAGAUUAGACAUGGAAGGAGCUAUAUUCUCAUCCCCCGUGAUGAUUGGCGGCACUAUUUUUGUUGGUUGCAGGGAUGAUAAUGUACACUGUGUUAGGAUUGAGGGCGAAAUAUAUAUCAACUAGUGAAAAGUAAUGUGGUUUACUUGCCUUAAGAUUCGUCAACAUGAAACUGAAAUCUCGUGGCAUCAAUCAUGGUUGUAGCUUUCUGUAAACGGCGGAGGUUCUUCAUGUUUGUGUUACUAGGGGAUGGCAAGCCAUAUUUUGACCCAGAUGUUGCAGCCUAACAAGUGGUUCAGCCAUUUCUUUGGCCACCCUAAGAUAUUUUAUCUAGGUAGGAUUCAAACUAGAUGCCUUUUGUGAGUAAAACAGACUCUUUGUACCAAGACCACUUGGUGGUGGUUUUAGUAACUCUCAAAACAUUCCCUUUGUCAUAUUAUAAAAUGAGGAAACUGUAUAAAAAUUAUAUUAUUUAUAACAAAUACUCUUCAAUAAAACCAUUAAAAGGGUUAUAAAUA